AAAAGCAAAAAAAAGAUACAAAAUAUACAAGCAAAAGGCAACAACUCCCCGGUCUCCAGCAGUCGCCCACCCUCCCUUUCCUUCUCUCCUGCUGGCCAUCUGCCUUGGGUUUUCCUUUGUGUCUGAUCUUUUACUACUGAGCCGAGCGCAGGAGGAGGGUGCAACACACACAGGGACUAUGCCCAGCUCGCUUUUUGCAGACAUGGAGAGGAACGGGAGCGGCGGCGGCGGCGGCGGCGGGGGUGGAGGGGGAGGGGGAGAGACCCUGGAUGACCAAAGAGCCCUUCAGAUCGCCCUGGAUCAGCUCUCCCUGCUGGGGCUGGACAACGACGAGACGGGCUCCAUUUACGACAGCGAGCCUCGGAAAAAAAGCGUGAACAUGACCGAAUGCGUCCCGGUGCCCAGCUCGGAGCACGUCGCCGAGAUAGUGGGGAGACAAGGUUGUAAAAUCAAAGCUCUGCGGGCAAAGACCAACACCUACAUCAAGACCCCGGUUCGCGGGGAGGAGCCGCUCUUUGUUGUGACGGGCAGAAAGGAAGAUGUGGCCAUGGCCCGCAGGGAGAUCAUCUCGGCAGCCGAGCACUUCUCCAUGAUCCGAGCCUCACGGAACAAGAACACGGCCCUGAACGGCACCGUUCCCGGCCCCCCAAACCUGCCCGGCCAAACCACCAUCCAGGUGCGGGUGCCUUAUCGCGUGGUGGGCUUGGUCGUGGGGCCCAAGGGGGCCACCAUCAAGCGCAUCCAGCAGCAGACGCACACCUACAUCGUGACCCCGAGCCGGGACAAGGAGCCGGUCUUUGAGGUGACGGGCAUGCCCGAGAACGUGGACCGGGCCCGGGAGGAGAUCGAGGCGCACAUCGCCAUGCGCACCGGCGGCAUCAUCGAGCUGACGGACGAGAACGACUUCCACGCCAACGGCACGGACGUGGGCUUCGAGCUGAACGGCACCGGCAGCCUGUGGAGCAAGCCCACGCCGCCCAGCAUCACGCCCACGCCGGGCCGCAAGCCCUUCUGCAACUACCGCAACGACAGCUCCAGCUCGCUGGGCAGCGCCUCCACCGACUCCUACUUCGGGGGCGGCACGGGGGGGGGCGGCGGGGCCCGCCUGGCCGACUACAGCCCCCCGAGCCCGGCGCUGAGCUUCACCCACAACGGCAACAACAACAACAACAGCGCCAACGGCUACGUCUACGGCGGCGGCGGGGGCGGCGGCGGCGAGGUCCUCUCCUCCCCGGACUGCUGCUCCGAUCUGCACGUGUGUAUCUGCUGCUGGUGGUGCCCAGCACACCGGUGGGGUCAGCGGCAUCCACCCCAGCCACUUCCACCGCCCAGUCCCUCCGGCCACCACGGGGCCGGUGUGUCCCCAUCUGUUUCACGAGGUGUGCCGGCACGUGCGGUGACUGUUGGCGUGACGUCUCCUUGCUUGCUGGCUUGUGGUGAUGUGUCCCCAACCCUGAAACCAAAUCCGCUCCUGGUGGGGGAGUGUCAAUCCCUUGUCUUUGGCUGGUGGAGACGAGCGCACGAGAGCGACGACAGCAUGAGGAGGAACAUGCAGGCUACACAUGUGAGCUGCCCCCCCGGAUUUAUGCCGUGGGUCAGCCCCUUGGACUGCAGAGGCCAUAAAUCAGCACAGAAUUUGUCCUGGGGCCUGGGGCCAUAUGGUGUGCGGGAGAGGGAGAGGGAUGCCCGCGGGAAAGGAGAAUAA